UCAAGGGCUGGCUGGCCGACUGCUCCACUGACACGGAGCACCUCCACCUCCUCCUCCCUGCCAGGCUCAGGGGAACCUCCCCUCACUCUCAAGUGUGACCUACAGGACAGGAUCAUCGACCCCCACUCCCUUCUUAACACCGGAGAGAAAUUUGCACUAAAUGCAGGGAGUUCCCCAGCAGUCCGUCCUCACACCGCCAAGGUGUCAAAUGCUGCUCUAACUCCUCAACUGCCAGUCUACAAGUUGAGAGCUGAAGCCCUCGUUCAACCAGAG